GUGACAACAAAAUGCAGACACGUGUGGAGUAGAAGCGUGUGUGUUAUUGAGCGAGCGUUUGUAAAAUAAUAUUGUUAUUACAGUUAUUAGCUAAACAAAUGCUUUAGCUUUCGGGAAUUCAUUUCAACAUGAAGUUUGCCUACAAGUUUUCGAAUCUACUUGGUGCUGUCUACCGCCAAGGGAAUUUAAAUUUUUCCAGAGAUGGCAACGCUGUGAUCAGUCCGGUUGGAAACAGACUUUCAAUCUUUGACUUGAAAAACAACACAUCCGAAACACUACCCAUCUCUACAACUAAGAACAUCACCUGUGUGGGUCUCUCUCCUGACGGGAAUUUGGCCAUUGUUGUCGAUGAAGAUGGUGCUGCAGUGCUGGUCAGUCUUAUCACCCGAGCCAUCCUGCAUCAUUUCCACUUCCACAGACCUGUGAACAGCAUCCGCUUCUCACCCGAUGGCAGGAAAUUUGUUGUGACGAAGGAAAAUGCGACGUUGUUGUACCAUGCUCCUGGAAAACGAAGGGAAUUUAACGCUUUUGUUCUUGAUAAAAGCUACUUCGGCCCGUACGACGAAACAACAUGCAUCGAUUGGACAGAUGACUCCAAGUGUUUUGCUGUGGGCAGCAAAGACAUGUCAACAUGGAUCUUCGGUGCAGAGCGCUGGGUCAACCUCAUCUACUACUCCUUAGGUGGACACAAGGACGUUGUGGUGGGAUGUUUCUUUGAGAAGGACAGUCUGGAUUUGUACACUGUAAGCCAGGAUGGGGUGCUCUGCAUCUGGGAGUGUGACACUGACCCAGAAGGGCUUUAUCUGAAGAAGAGUAGGGAAAAACCAAAGAUGCCUACUGAAGAGGAGGAGGAAGAGGAUGAAAGCAGGGUUGAGGGAGAAGAAGGAGAGGUCAUCAGGGGUAAAACAGGGUCCUUGAAAGAGAAGGAGAAGGAGAAGAGAAAGAGCGUCAGAUACAAGCAGACAAGCAAACACUUCUUCAACAAAGAAGGCGACUUCAACAACCUGACUGCUGCAGCCUUCCACAAAUCCACUCACAUUUUAGUCACCGGUUUCGCCUCUGGAAUCUUCCACUUGCAUGAACUUCCUGAGUUUAAUCUCAUUCACUCACUCAGUAUUUCAGAUCGCAGAAUCUCCUCUGUAGCUGUGAACUGCUCUGGAGACUGGAUCAGCUUUGGAUGUUCAGGGAUGGGUCAGCUGCUGGUGUGGGAGUGGCAGAGCGAGUCGUACGUCUUCAAGCAGCAGGGACACUUCAACAAUAUGGCGUCUCUGGCUUACUCACCUGACGGACAGUACAUCGCUACAGGAGGAGACGAUGGCAAAGUCAAAGUGUGGAACACCAACAGUUGCCUUUGCUUCGUCACCUUCACAGAGCAUACCAGCAGCAUCACCAAUGUCACGUUCACCUCCAGCGGAUUCGUCGUAGUCAGCGCUUCCCUGGAUGGGACUGUUAGAGCUUAUGACCUGCACAGGUAUCGAAACUUUCGGACGUUCACGUCACCCCGGCCAGCGCAGUUUUCAUCGCUUGCAGUUGAUGUGAGCGGAGAGCUUGUCAGCGCUGGAGCCCAGGAUUCUUUUGAGAUCUUUCUGUGGUCCAUGCAGACUGGCCGAUUAUUGGAGGUGCUUGGAGGCCAUGAAGGUCCUGUGAGCUGCCUGUGUUUCAGUCCAGUCCAGUCUAUCUUAGCCAGUGCUUCGUGGGAUCGCACCGUCAAGUUGUGGGACAUGAAGGACAGCUGGCAGGUGAAGGAAUCCCUCCCUCAAUGUGCAGAUGCUUUGUGUGUGUCCUACCGCCCCGAUGGUCAACAGCUGGCAGUGGCAACCCUUAAUGGUGAAAUCUCCUUUUGGGACCCAAGCACAGCGACACAGACUAACUCGGUGUCUGGGCGCCACGACCUGGCAACAGGGCGCAAAGAAACAGACAAAAUCACGGCAAAACACUCUGCAAAGGGCAAGUCCUUUACGUCUCUGUGCUACUCAGCUGACGGGGAGUCAGUACUUGCCGCAGGGCAGUCCAAAUUUGUCUGCAUCUACAACGUCAAGGAGCAGAUGCUCAUCAAGAAGUUUGAAAUUUCCUGUAACUUGUCAUUCGACGGCAUGGAGGAGUUCCUAGAUAGAAGGAAGAUGACGGAGUUUGGCAGCCUUGCUCUGGUGGAUGAAGGAGCUGGUGAUGAAGAUGCCGUCAACAUCAGUCUUCCAGGAGUACGCAGGGGUGAUAUGAGUUCACGUCAUUUUAAGCCCGAGAUCAGGGUCAGCUCACUGCGCUUCUCUCCCACUGGUCGGAGCUGGGCUGCAACCACCACCGAGGGUCUGCUGAUAUAUUCCCUGGACAGUUCGAUGGUUUUCGAUCCAUAUGACCUGGACCUGGAUGUGACCCCUGCUAGCAUACGCAAACAACUGCAGCUGGAAGACUGGGCAUCCGCCAUAAUCCUUGCCUUCCGACUGAACGAGAAACCGCUCACGCUCCAAGUGUUAGAGUCUGUGCCGCAUGAGCAAAUUCCUGUGGUUUGUGGCUCCAUCCCUGAUAUUUACGUCGAGAAACUGCUCGGCUUUCUGGCCACCUGCUUGGAGAAGUCGGGUCACCUGCAGUUCUACUUGACCUGGGCGCAGAACUUGCUCAUGCUGAAUGGGCAGAAACUGAAGAACAGGUCUGGAGCCAUCAUGCCUACACUGCAGGCGCUACAGAAGAGCAUCCAGAAACAUUAUGACGACCUGUCCAAACUGUGUGACUUCAACAUGUACACCAUCCGCUAUGCUGUCGCUCUGUCCAAGCAGAGGGGGAUGAAGAGGGCAGCUGAGGAGAACGAUGAGGACAGUAAUGAUGAGGAUGAGCAGGAGGAAGAAGUGAUGAGCGAAGCAUCAUUGGAGGGUGCAGAUAUGAUUUUGUAAUUUGCAGGGCAAUCUUCAUUCCUCAUCUUUUAAAACCUAACUAUGGGCUUUGCAACUGUCAUACAGAAUGUCUGUAAACUGUUUUUUUUUUAAUUAAAAGUAAAUGUUUGUUUCA